GUAUACGAGAGUGGCUUUCUUUGCAAUGAUGGUACUAAUAAUAAUCGCAAACGUUUGAGAAUAUGAAAAAAAACAGUUAUACCCUGUGCUUCACCUUCAAAAGCCUGGACUCACACAAGGUUAAUCCGGUCUUACUGAAGAAAAAUGGCAACCAUCUCCGGCAGCACCCCUACCUCAUCCAUCACCCACGUUGGUCUUGCACACAGGCGACCCCUAGAGCGUUCCUCUCGCGUAGGGUUGCCGGCGAUGGCUAGGGGGGGAAGAGUGAGAUGCUGCAUGGAGAGCAAGUCAUUAAAGGCAGACGUGGGGAUGGGGGCAUCUCUGCUGGCAGCUGUGUGCGCCGCCACCGUGUCAAGCCCGGCCGUGGCUCUGGUGGACGAGAGAAUGAGCACUGAAGGAACAGGGCUGCCCUUCGGCCUUAGCAACAACCUUCUGGGUUGGAUCCUGCUGGGUGUCUUCGGCCUCAUUUGGGCUUUCUAUACUGUUUACACUUCCGAGCUCGAUGAGGACGAAGAAUCUGGAAUGUCUCUCUAAUUGUCCUCUCAUUAUUUCCUUCUCUCUGCCGCCUCUAAACUUGCAAACUCCUCUCCCUUCCUAAAUUAAUCUUUGUAUCAAUACUACUUGUAAAUCUUUUCCCACCCAAACCACUUCCUUCUUUCUUUGUUCAUUUGUCACUCCAAUUCCGGAGCAUAUUGCAUGCAUGCAAGAGUCACAAUUGCUAUUAAGCACACUCUUAAUUCCUGUAUUUAA